GAACUGUCAUUGUUGAAUGUUUUGCGCGCAAAAAUGCUUUUGUUGUUAUUGCCUUUUCAUGUUGAUUCGAUUUGGAUUGUUCGUGUUUUAAUUUUGUGUUCCAACAAUUUUUCGUAAACAUGGAAACGAACAAUGAAAUAGUGCCAGAAACACCAGAUAUGGAAUUUAGCGAAGAUGUUGCAAUGGAACAAGAAACGCCCGACAUUCAUUUUGACGAAUUACACGCAGAAGACGAAACGCCGGAUAUAAAUUUCAGUGAAAUUUUCACGGACAAAAAUCAAGAACGUUUUAUAGCCGAAGAAAGUGAUAUUGAUGAUUUGGACGAACCCGAUCAAUAUGUUGACGAAGAUGACGAAAUUGCGGAAAACAAUCAAGAAACUGGCGACAUAAAUCACAGCGAACUAACAGCUGGAGAGAAAACCAAAGAAGGUGGAUCUAAAUCGAAAGACACUUCCGAUAGACGUUUGGUACAUUUGCCAUCGGCACGUAUAAAACACAUAAUGAAAGUCGACCCCGAUGUUUCGUUAAUUACCGGCGAAUGUACAUUUUUGGUAACUAAAGCGACCGAACUUUUUAUCGAAUCAUUGGCCAAAGAAGCAUUCACACAUACCAGUCAAGCGAAGAAAAAAACGGUGCAAAAACGUGAUGUUGAUGCUGCCAUCGAAAAUGUUGAAUCUUUAAUGUUUCUGGAGGGAAUGAUGAAUUUCUAACUAUAUUAUUACAAUAAAUUUUAAGGUGGAAACAUAUACCACAUUCAUUUAAAAAAUAUAACAAACAUAAAGAGGCGAUCCAUUUAAAUAAAAGUUUACCACAUUUCAUUUGUAUGAAAGAAAAA